AUGCCCGACCAAGAACCCACCCCCAUCCACCCACCAACCCAACCCGCACCACCACCGCAAACCCAAGCCGACAUGCAAAGCCAACCCCCGCAACUAGCCCAACUCCAACAAACCCUCCCCCCAAACCGCGAAGCCGACUUCGCCCGCUUCAAAAACUACGCCGCCUACACCUUCCUCAUCGCCUCGCCCAUCCUCAUCGCCCUCCCGCCCCGAAAACUAGACCACCUAACCGUCGCCCUAACAACAGCCUUCGGGUUCUCCGCAAACCACAUUGCGCGAGAAAGGACGGGGCGUAGUAUAGUCGACCGAAUCGAGUCGCGGAUCGCGCGGCCCCAUUCGAGUCUACCGACUGAGCAGGCGCGCGAAUACCAGGCGAGGGUCCGGGCGGAGAGGGAGAGGCGCAUGGAGGAGGUGGGGAUUAGCCGUGAGGAGAUGGAGGCUCUUCGGGCGAGACGGGAUCAGGAUCGCGGCGUGAUUGGGCGGGUGUGGAUGGGGGAUGCGGAGAAGGGGUGGAAGGAGAAGAGGAUUGCGGAGGAGAGGGAGGCGCUUGCGGCGGGGAAGGGGUAUGGGGAUUUGAUUAAGGAGCAGAUUUGGGAGGUUUGGAAUCAGGGGGAGAAGGAGGGGGGUGGGGAGGAUGGGGGGAAGAAGGAGUAA